AUGCUUAUGCUGCUUCAAGGUCUUGUCGUGGCCGGAGGUGCUAGUUGCAUGCUUCAAAUCAAGGCACCGCAUUCAUCACUCGGCUUUUGGACAACUGCAUCCGGCAUCUUCCUCGCUUACUUCUUCCUUGCCCAGAUAUGGCGCAUCAUUGUCUAUCCACGCUUCUUCAGCCCGCUUCGGCACCUGCCACACCCUCGCGACGGACACUGGCUAUGGGAUCAAACCAUGAGAAUUCUGAAAGAGCCUACAGGUGUACCCAUGCGGAAUUGGCUUGAUAGUACUCCGAACGAUGGGUUGCUGGUGUAUUCUACAUGGUUUGAGCAGCGAGUACUGGUGACGAAUCCCAAAGGUCUCGCCGAGGUUCUCGCGACGAAAAACUACGACUUCGAGAAACCCAAGCAAUUCAGCCAAUCGCUGGGUAGAUUUCUGGGUCUGGGUAUCUUGUUUGCCGAGCGUGAUGAACACAAGAGACAGCGCAAGAACCUGAUGCCCGCCUUUGCUUUCCGCCACAUCAAAGACCUAUACCCAACCUUCUGGAUCAAGUCGCAGGAGAUGGCCGAGCUUCUGUCUGCGACCAUCAAAGCAAAGUCUGACCCCGGCGCAGCAGAGAAGAACAAAACUCAGGCCGGUCCCAACGGCCUUGCGCAUCCUCCUGGAGCCAUUGAAGUAUACGACUGGAGUUCGCGUGCUACGCUGGACAUCAUUGGAGUGGCAGGAAUGGACCGUGACUUCAACUCCCUUAAGAAUCCUGCGAAUAAGCUAAACCAAGUCUACAAGACUAUUUUCAACCCGGGAGGUGUCGAGAGAUUCACCAGGCUUUUGGCUCAAUUCGUCCCCAUCCAACUCGUCCGUCUCCUGCCGCUCAAGCGCAACGCCGAGAUGAGCGAAGCCAGCUCUUACAUCAAGCAAGUUUGCCGAGACCUGAUUGCUGGGAAACGAGAACAACUUAGCACCCAGAAGCGUCGCUCCGGGGCGGACGUGGAUAUUCUUUCUGUUGCGCUCGCGUCCGGCGGCUUUAGCGACGAAGACCUCGUCCAAAAACACCUGCGCGACCAAGUUCGACCGAAACUCGCUUCCCUCGGCGACGCCAUCACCGCCGCCGAAAUAGACAGCUGCUCGUACUUGCAAGCCUUCUGCAACGAGGUGCUUCGAGUGUGGUCUCCCGUCCCGCUGACCCUGCGCGUGGCCGCAAAGGACACCAGCAUCCUAGGCCAGUUCAUCCCCAAGGGCACGCCGGUGAUUCUUUGCCCAUGGGCCGUAAACUUGUCCGAGAAGCUCUGGGGCGCAGAUGCCGGGCAGUUCAAGCCCGAGCGCUGGCUGGAUGCUGACGGUCAUACGAACAACCGCGGAUCUGCAGACUCCAACUACUCCUUCCUGACAUUUCUACACGGGCCGCGAAGCUGCAUAGGGCAGAAGUUCGCACAGGCCGAGCUUGCGUGCUUGGUUGCUGCUUGGGUGAGCAGAUUCGAGACGAGAUUCGAGGAUGGGGGGCCGCUCGCCAAGGGUGAAGAGCCAGGUAUUGCUACCGGCGUUACUUCGAAGCCGAAGGGGGGGUUAUGGGUGCAGUUGGCGGAGAUUGAGGAAGGUCAUUGA